CUCUUGCUAUAUUUAGAGGAACCACGUGACUUUUGAGGGAUUCCACGACAGCAAGAUGGCGUCUUCACAGGCAAGCGAACGAAGAGUUGCACUUAUCACCGGCAUUACAGGCCAGGAUGGUUCCUACCUGGCCGAGUUCCUUCUUGGGAAAGGAUAUGAAGUCCAUGGAAUCAUAAGAAGGUCAUCCUCAUUCAACACAAGCAGGAUUGAGCAUCUGUACGCCGACCCCAAGUCUCACCGAGAAGGAUCGAAUGUGUCAAACUCGAUGCACUUGCAUUAUGGCGACAUGACAGACAGCACCUGCCUUGUGAAGAUUGUGAGCCAGGUCCGCCCCACGGAGAUCUACAACCUGGCCGCCCAGAGUCACGUCAAGGUGUCCUUUGAACUGGCCGAGUACACAGCUAAUGUUGAUGCUGUUGGAACGCUACGAAUGUUGGAUGCGAUCAGGACAACUGGACUGACCGACCAAGUGAAGUUCUACCAGGCCUCUACAAGUGAACUGUAUGGAAAAGUGCAGGAAAUUCCGCAGAAAGAGACUACCCCCUUCUAUCCACGAUCCCCAUAUGGUGUGGCCAAGCUGUACGGCUACUGGAUCGUCAUCAACUACCGCGAGGCGUACAACAUGUUUGCCUGUAACGGCAUCCUCUUCAACCAUGAGAGUCCACGCAGAGGUCCCACAUUUGUGACACGAAAGAUCACCCGCGCUGUGGCGAAGAUCACCCUGGGGCAGCAGGAGGAGAUGCAGCUGGGGAACCUGGACUCCAAGAGAGAUUGGGGGCAUGCCAAGGACUAUGUAGAGGCGAUGUGGAUGAUGCUCCAACAGAAGGAGCCUGAGGACUUCGUGAUCUCAACCAAUGAAUACCACAGUGUCAGGGAGUUUGUCGAGAGGGCAUUCAAGAUUGCCGACAUAGACAUUGUCUGGGAAGGUGAGGGGGUCAAAGAGGUUGGGAAGGACAAGAAGACCGGAACUGUUCGAGUGCGGGUCAACCCCAAGUACUACAGACCUACAGAAGUGGAGUUCCUUCUGGGAGAUUGCUCAAAGGCCCAGACGAAGCUAGGAUGGACAAGGAAGUACACCUUUGAUGCCCUUGUCAAAGAGAUGGUGGAGGCUGACAUCAAGCUGAUGCAGGCCAACCCAAUCGCAUAGACAUAUGCAUGUUUAUGUUUCAGAAGAUGGUGACAGAAUCUGGAGUGGGGACACUGGGGAAUUGUGUUCCUCUCAGGACCAGGAACUGAAUGGAACAGGAACAGGAACAUAUACAGAACUGUUUUGUAAAUAUGGGAUAUACAAGCAUGUGUUGGUCACCUUCUUAAGACAAGGUUCCUGUCAACGAUUACUUCAUGUGCAGUGUUUUGGGGUUGGAUGAAGAAAAGCAUUUAAUGAUGAGGACAUUGUCCUGUGGUUAUGAGAUCCGUUCUUGUUCAUGACUGGGUGUCUACUCAGCUGAUGUUACGGUGGAUAGUAGCAGGGGAACCUUGUCUUAUGUAUCAGAUGGGAAGUAGUUUAGAUUGGUAAUGCCAAAAACUUAUAUGUCCACACACAGGAGGAGGAGGAACCUAUACUACAGUACUUCAAAGGGCAGUGCUGUGGAUUGGUAUUUGGUAUUUCUGAAAGUCAAGCUUUCAGGAGGAAGUCAAACUUUCAGGCAGACGUCAUGCUUUGAGAAGGAAGUCAUGCUUUGAGAAGGAUGUCAUGCUUUGAGAAGGAAGUCAUGCUUUGAGAAGUAUGUCAUGCUUUGAGUAGGAAGUCAUUCUUUGAGAAGGAUGUCAUGCUUUGAGAAGGAAGUCAUGCUUUGAGAAGGAUGUCAUGCUUUGAGAAGAAAGUCAUUCUUUCCGAAGGAAGUCAUGCUUUCAGAAGGAAGUCAUGUUCUCUGAAGGUAGUCAUGCUUUCAGAAGGAAGUCAUGUCUGAAGGAAAUCAUGUUGUCUGAAGUCAGUCUCUCUGAAGGAAGUCAUGCUUUGAGAAGGAAGUCAUGCAUUGAGAAGGAAGUCAUGCUUUCAGAAGGAAGUCAGUCUCUCUGAAAGAAGUCAUGCUUUCAGAAGGAAGUCAGUCUCUCUGAAGGAAGUCAAACUUUCAGACAGAAGUCAUGCUUUCAGAAGGAAGUCAUGUUCUCUGAAGGAAGUCAUGCUUUCAGAAGGAAGUCAGUCUCUGGUAGAAGUCUCCCUGAAGGAAGUCACUCUCUGUGUGAAGGAAGUCAGUCUCUCUCUGAAGUGAAGUUACUGAAGGAAGCCAGACACCCCAACUGAAGACUGUGAAUCACACCAGGCUCUCUGUGACAUGCACCAUCUUCUGUACAGACCUCCUGAUGUGAGGCUGCGGCUUAUGCUGCUGCGGCUAGUGGGGCGGCAUGCUGCUGUACACCAGCUCCCAGGAAGCUUGUUACUCCAGACCAUGUGGCUUGACGUUCUAGGGAAUACCCAUCUUGUGUGGAUUAACAAGGUUCACUGUAUGGAGCUUUUGGGGGUUAUUUUGUAGACCAAGUAUAGUGUUGUUCGGUUUCUUUGUUCUUUGUCAAACAGAAAUCGAAAUUGUUAAGUUUUCUAUAUUUUAUGCAAAUUAUUUACGAGGAGUUCUUUAAAUCACAUCCUGUAUUUCAAGGUUGAAUCUCUGAUGUCUGCAGCAUGGUGCCUCUGAGAUGAUAAAUCUGUGUGUUGAUUGUAAGUUUAUUCAGUCACAAUUGCUCCUGCCAUGCCUACUGUAAUAUAAUCAGUUGAAAGUUCACUUGAUUUCCUACAGUGUCAGUGUCAUAUAUACGUGAUAUGAUACAGUAAAAUAUUUCAGUGGCAAUAUCACAUGAUGUCCUACUGUAAUAUAUUUCAGUGGCACUAUCACAUGAUGUCCUACAGUAAUAUAUUUAAGUGGCAAUAUUACAUGAUGUCCUACAGUUAUAUGUUUUAGUUGUAAGUUAGCUUCAUGUCCUACAGUAAUAUAUUUAAUUUCAGUACAGUAGUGUGCCUCUGCUUCAAAGUUAAUGAGCUAAUCUAUGUCAUAGAAAUCUAAUUUAUAACUUGACCCAUAUUUAUGUUGAAUUAAAUAAUUUAGAUAAUUUGCAACACAUGUUUUGUGUGACAUAUCGGUUAUUUUUGCUCCCUUUUUAUUUUCAGUUGUAUCUCUAAUUACAGAAUCUUGUUUUGAUAUAUGACAUUGAAUGUUAAAUAAGUUCAGAAAUAUUAAUAAAGAUGCAAAAUGGCAAGUCAUAUAUAUCAGUGUUUGAAGGGCAUUCAUUCAUCAAUCUUCCAGACUGCAAGUUUGUAUACUAUCAAUGAAGUACCAUAACGAAUGUCAGAAAUGUUCUGUGACAAGCUUCUAUUUGCCUCGCAUCUAUUAAUAUUUGUUGACAAUCGACUCAAACACUAAACUCCAAACAACCAAAGUUUUUUGUACAAGUUUGAUAAUAUGUGUACUUAAAAAUAACAUGAGAUGUCACUUUACACAAACUCCUUUUUAAAGGAGGUGGUGCACAUGUAAACUAUGUAACUAUGUAGGCCAGGCUGUCAGUAUGCAACUUGACUCUAAGACUGAAUCUCAUUCUUCAGUGCAUUACGUUUUUGUAUAUUUUUGUAAUUUGGGCAGGAAAUUGUGAAUUGUGACCAUGUUCACCUGUAUGUUAGAUACACUGCUAUUGUUGUGCAUUGUGAAAACUGCAGAACAGCAAGAAUCUACUCAAUGUUCCAUCCAAUAUGGGCCAAGAACAAUCCUGAAACAAGCUUGAAGAUAGUUUGCAAUUAGAUCACAGAGACUUUAUGAACGUUUUUUGAUGUCUCUCUCCAUAAUUCUUGUAAUUGUCAAAUAUAAAGCCUUGAUCUUUAUUUCAAAAUAAUCCUACAUAUAAUCCUUUACCCCUAAACGUGACUACAGUAAUUCAAAUCAGUCUGGCCUGUGUUCCAUGACAGCUGUAUUUAAGUUGUACAUUUACCAUGUACUUAGGAUGCAUCUGAGAAGCCUUCAGAUCGUAUGUCAGAUCCUUGACUGGGAUAGCAGACAAGUUGUAUACCUGAAGUCCAGCACAUUCCAUACCCUUGUUUUGUCCAGGUGUAUGUCGUAUGUAACUCUGUCAAGUGUGUUUGAUGUGAUGAAGCAGGAUAUAACAAUGUCUCUCAGAAUACAAGCUAACACGACUCGGCCAGUCAACUCUUCUUGGGCAGGGUUGUCCAUUAUCUGCAAUUCGCUGUGUAGAGUUGCAUCCCUUUGGUGUGCCAGGAAUGUAUGAUCGUGGUUCAAAUUCUAGAUUUGUCCUGAUUAUGUUUAGUUUUGUCAGCAUUAUACAUUUAAUGGAGUAAAUUUGUUAAGACCUGCAUCACUCUGGGCUUUACUGCCACAUAUAGCAGACAUGUUGUGAUGUCAAGCCUUUAACACAACUCACAGAUGACACAACUCUUGAGGAACCUCCAAAAGCAACCUUAAUUCCAAAAUUUACCAUUCACACAAAUAACAGUUUUGGAGAGUAAUAAUGGAUUUGUGAAAGGUUUAUGAAUUGGUAUUUUUCAAAAAUUCAGAUGCUGCACCUGAACUUUCUAAUUAAUUGGGCAGCAUAAUAUUUUUACAUGGCGAUUCUAGAACCACAUUUUAUGCAAACAAUGCGUGAAUUUGAAAUGUGUGCUACAUAUCAAUGUAUGGUUAAAAGUGUAUAGUACACUACUGAACAGUAUUAUUUGAACAAGUGUAUGCCGAUAUUUCUGACAUGGAAAAUCAAAUCCUUUGCAUCAGAUUGAUCUCCAAACCUGUUUGACAAUCUCUUUCAGAUUAUUCUCACAUAAUCUGUUGUGUACAUUACGUUUGAUUGUAGGAUAAGAGUCUAGAAAGUCAGGCUUUUAUUUUUUGAAAUAAACCAUUCAAGAUAUCUUUCAGAAGAAGUUAGGUAUUAGGUAUUGUGUCUGUAGUCUCAGUGUAUGACAUCAAUACAUUAAUAAUAACCCUAUAACAUUAAUAUCUCAAAAAUGCUUUGAGAUCAAACAAAUAUUUGUAAUAUGAAAGUCAUCCAAACUUGAAAUCCAAGAGAUUUUAUCUGCUCAAUGUUUUAUUUGAAUAUUAAAUAACUUAUUGAGCAUUUUCAUUGAUUUACUGUGUAGAACCAAAAGUUCUCUACUUUCUGUGCAUAAUAUUAAAGGACUUUUCCAUGGUGGGAUUUUGCAGUAAUAAAAUGGGUUAAAAUUGA